UUUGAUAUCAUCUACGGCGGACGAGAGCUGAGCACGUUUUUCCUCGGUUACAGCGUCUACAAGAAUGUUGCAAUAAAGCCGAUCGACGGCCGGUCAAGAGGAAACCGCCGUCGUCCUCUGGUCGAAUCGACCUUCGAAUCUCUUCACCAAACACUUCUACUCAAAAUAUUAAAAAGUUCAACAAUCAGUAAAUUCCCAUUUUCAUCGCAUUUACACAUAUCUGGCUUCUGUUGCAGCACAUGUCAUCUUCGGAAUCUGCCUCCUCACUUCACACCUCUUUUUUCCCACCUCUUCUCUACCUACAGCUACUUGCUGAAGCCAGCCCUCCUCCGUCAGCCCACCCUGCGCAAGCAGCAUCCCGCACUUCGAGCCUGUCUUCGACGCAUUCAUCACUCCCUCGGCGCGCCAAACGAUGCUGGCCGGCCAGGCAACCCGCCCGGACAGACUUCAAAUGUACCAGUUCGUCCACCGUCACUCGGUCCGACAGGAGCUGGACGGCGCAGCAAUUCCGGCUCCCAUUCGUUCGGUUUCCGUGCCAGUAUCCAGUCGUUGGUCGGCGAUCUCCUCAAUCAAAUAGGACCAUCUUUGGGCCGAAAGGUCGGCCCUCAGCAAAGCCAGCCUCCAAAACCAGGUAGCCCUGCUAUCUAG